UAAGGGAAAAGGGCAAUUUUUGUUUACAACACAGCUACUAUCCAUUUCCCUCUAUUCCUUGGUUUUAUUGUUUCUUUCCUUCUGUUUUUUCCAACGAAGCUGAAAACCUGGAAAGAAAGAUAGAUUGCGUCUGACCGUCCUGAUACCGGAGGGUUGACCCUAGAAGGCAAUUAUUGAACAUGCUGUUCUUUUUCAGGGAGAGGAAGCUAUUCUUGAAAUCUAGUUGGAGUUUAAACUUUGCUACACAGUGGAAGGAGGUUUCGGGGCAGAGGGACCCAAGAGAGACAGGAGGAGAGAAAAACGCAGCGCCGUUGAGUUGGAAUAAAGGCCGCUUGGCAAAAGCCGCGUCGAAGGGGGCAGAAGUCACCGACACACGGCUGGGACAUGACUGCCACCAGCCUUGACAGCAUGGAGCUGCUAGACCUCCUCUUUGACCGGCAGGAUGGGGUCCUGCGCAGCGUGGAGAUUGGGUCAACGGCGACAGCUUGGAUGGGACUGGAAGACAGCCGUUUGCUGAAAGCUCAAGAGAACGAGGAUUUCAUCAAUUCUAUCUUGGGGGCCCCAGAUGCCGCCCUCGACUCCCCGAGCUGGUCCCCGGCGGCCAGCGACAGCGGCAUCUCUGAGGACCCCAGCUCUGACCAACUGGACAGCCCCCCUCACUACAUGCCGACGGGCAGCCCGGGGGCCUACUCUGACGGAGGCUCACACAGUGACCUGGCUUACCCUGUCUACCAGGACUCCUGCCGGGUCCUCCCGGUUCUGAAAGGGCCGGGUGCUGAGCUGAGAGAAGCGGAGGUGUCUAUAGACUUCAAUAUGUGGGAGGCAGGAUUUUACCCGGAGGAGAGGCAGGAACAAGCCGCCCCCCAGCUGAAUUCGUGCACCCUGACCAUAAAGGACCUUCUGCUGUCAAACAGCUGUGAGAUGCACCAGCAAGGCAUGAACCCAUCGCUGUUGAGACAAACCCCCGGGACCUGCCAGGAACUGGUCCUAACCGAGGAUGAGAAGAAGCUAUUGGCCAAGGAAGGAGUGACUCUACCCACCCAGUUGCCUCUCACCAAGUAUGAGGAGAGAGUCCUCAAGAAGAUUCGCCGAAAGAUCCGGAAUAAGCAGUCGGCGCAGGAAAGUCGGAAGAAGAAGAAAGAGUAUAUUGACGGACUGGAAAGCCGGAUGUCCGCCUGCACGGCUCAGAACCAGGAGCUGCAAAGGAAAGUCGUUCACUUGGAGAAGCAGAACUUGUCGCUCCUGCAGCAACUGAAGAAACUCCAGGGACUGGUGAUGCAGUCAAGCGGCAAGGCAGCCCAAACAAGCACUUGUGUUGCGGUCUUGCUGCUUUCCUUUGCCCUGAUCGUCUUCCCCUCCAUCAGACCUUUCACUCGCAACAAAGCCGAGUUGGAAGGAGACUUCGUACCUGUGAGAGUUUUUUCCAGGUCCCUCAACAACGACGCUUCUUCUAGGGUUGCCUACCCCAUGGCAAAGGAAGCCGACCAGAGCUCCAAAGAGCCCGAGAAAACCCUCUGGACCCAAUACGCCCACAAAGGCCACACGGAGCAGGAUGGAACCCUCAAAAACCUGGUCGUAAGGCACCACGUCUUGUCAAGGCACCACGACGCAGGAGAGGCCGUGGUGAGCAAUGGCACCGAGCCUUUGCACGAGGUCGCCUACUCGCACUUGGAGGGACUUGAAGGCCCCGGGGAACACGUCGGGCACAGCUUGGCAGCCACGGCCUGGGCAGAGUCUGGCCAGCCCAGCAAGGGGGUCCUGGAGCAGGCCAACGAGUUGUGACCCUCUCUCCCCGCUGCUUUCCCCUGUACGGCAUUUGGGGACUUAAUAGGGGGUGGUGAUGGGGGACAGGGCUGGAUGUGUGUAGACCAAACUGCUUCUUUCCCACUGAGUAGGGAGGGGGGAAAGGCAUGGAGGUCCCGUUUGCAAGAGAGCAAGCAAAAAGUGUAAAGUGGGUGGACCCCUUUCUUCUUGCCCUCUCUGUGAUGAUAAUAAUAAUAAUAAUUUUUUAUUUAUAUCCCGCCCUCCCCAGCCAAGGCCAGGCUCAGAGCGGCUUACAAGCAAUAAUAAAAACAA